AUGGUGGUUUAUGCUAACUUAAUUUCAUGUCGAGUGUGUGGAAAAAUAUUUCCUCAUGCUCUGCCACUACUCUAUCAUUUUAAUCAAGUUCACGGAAGAGAAUCUUAUAUGCUAGCAAUACAACAAAAUAGUUACCCUGUGUUAAGGACGACAAAUUUCAAGUUAGAUAAUAAACAAGGUCACUCUCAAUUUUCUUCAAGGGCAACUCGUCAUGCUAUGAUUGAAGAAUCGCAUUCAAAGGGUCAAGUGUACAUAGAUAAGGAGUUGCACCCAAUUUAUAUCACAAAGCCUUUAAUCAAGAAAAUAGACAAGCCCUUCAUUUUUGAAAAUGGUGAAGAAGUUGAAGAUACAAAUGUGGACUUGGAAUUGAAGCUUUAG